AGACCGUUCCAAAGAGGGAGGUUACCACAGCGGAUUUUCUUCCUGUUCGAGUCUUCUGCCCGGUUUGUUUUCAGGAUUUUACAUACACUAUGGCUUCCAUAUCAGAGAAGGAUCUCUCUUGUCCUGUCUGCCAGGAAAUCUUCAAUGAUCCUGUUGUCCUGUCAUGCAGCCACAGCUUCUGUAAAGACUGUGUUCAGAGAUGGUGGAGAGAGAAACAGAUGCAGGAGUGUCCAGUUUGUAAGAAGUGCUCAUCAAGGAGUCGACUGCCUCGAAACCUGGUAUUAAAGAACCUGUGUGAAACUUUCUUACUUGAGACAGAUCAGAGAGCCUCAGCAGAGUCAGAGCCUGUCUGCAGUCUGCACUCAGAUAAAUUCAAACUCUUCUGUCUGGACCAUCAGCAGCCAUUGUGUCUCGUCUGUCUGUAUUCAGAAACACACAAAGGACACAGAUUCAAACCCAUCGAUGAAGCUGCAAAGGAUUAUAAAGAGGAGCUGCAGAAAUCCCUGAAGCCCUUACAGGAGAAACUGAAGCUCUUUGAACAAGUUAAAGGAAACUGUGAUCAAACAGCAGAACACAUUAAGGUCCAGGCCCGACACACAGAGAGGCAGAUUAAGGAGCAGUUUAAGAAGCUUCACCAGUUUCUAGAAGAGGAAGAGGAGGCCAGGAUCUCUGCUCUGAGGGAGGAAGAGGAGCAGAAGAGUCAGGUGAUGGAGGAGAAGAUUGAUGCUCUGAGCAGAGAGAUAGCAGCUCUUUCAGACACAAUCAGAGCCACAGAGGAGGAGCUGAGAGCUGAACACGUCUCAUUCCUGCAGAACUACAAGGCUGCAGUGGAAAGAGUCCAGCAGCGCCCCCUGCUGGAGGAUCCACAGCUGCUCUCAGGAGCUCUGAUAGAUGUGGCCAAACACCUGGGCAACCUGGCCUACAACAUCUGGGACAAGAUGAAGGAGAUGGUCUCCUACACUCCUGUGGUUCUGGAUCCAAACACUGCUCAUCCAACACUCGUCCUGUCUGAAGAUCUGACCAGUGUGAGGUUUGGAGAGUACCGGAGGCUUCCUGAAAACCCAGACAGGUUUGAUACCUUUUGUGUUGUUCUGGGCUCUGAGGGUUUUGACUCUGGGACUCACAGCUGGGACGUUGAGGUUGGAGACAGCACACACUGGUCUGUGGGUUUGGCAGCAGAGUCUGUCAAGAGGAAAGGGCCAAUACAGUCUGGAAUAUGGAGAAUAGGAUUCUAUGAUGGUAGAUAUGAAGUCCGCUCCACAUCAAUUCAACCAAGUGUUCUUCCAGUGAAGAAGAAGCUUCAGAGGAUCAGAGUUCAUCUGGACUGGACCAGAGGAAUGCUCUCAUUCCUUGAUCUUGACACUAACAGACCCAUAGAAACCUUUAUACGUGUUUUCACUGAAAAGGUCUUUCCAUAUUUUACUGUUAACAGAGACGGCUCUCCAAUUAAAAUCUUACCAGAGACGGGUGACCUAAGACCGAUGGCAACAGUUAGAGGUCUUUACGACAUUGUUUAG